CCUAACAAAGACUAAUCUUUUAUGCAAAUACAUUCAAGUAUUUGAUACAAUUUGGUUCAAGUUUGUUCUCUGCAUCGUCUUCCACAAUUUGCUUCAAAUUCCAUGAAUUCAAUGCCUAUUUUCAAUCAAUUUUAUUGAAAAAGUUACCUAAUUGUUUGAUUGGCUUAGAAGGGCGGUUUCUAAAUUUGGAUAUUUCGAGUCUUGUCCACUUCCGAUUCCCUGCCGAUAUUCUCUGCUCUGCUCUUCUGGGUCGGUGUAAUUUGGUUUCUACUGCACUCGGUGAGUCGGUUUGAGCUCAAUUUCAUGUAUUUGUAACCUUCAUUUGAACAGAAGAACAUAGAAGAAAAUAAGAUAAGCUAAACAGAAAAGAGAGAGAAAGUGAGAAUGAAGAAAGGAAAACAUGUCGAGAAACCUGUCGGGCCUAUGUUUCCUAGGCUACAUGUUAACGAUACAGAGAAAGGAGGUCCUCGAGCUCCUCCGAGGAACAAGAUGGCUUUGUAUGAACAGUUUAGCAUCCCUUCUCAAAGACAACAACAACCGACUUCUACAAUUCCCCCGCCACGAAACCCUAAUAAUUCAACGGAUCUAGGUCUUCAAGCAUCGUCUAGCAGGGGAACGGGUGGUCAUGAGAAGUCUAGUUCUGUGUAUACUGAAUUCAGCAUGUCAUCAACACCAAAACCCGAUCCAAAGCCAAUUCCGAAAAAAGAUGAAGAUGAUUUUGCAGUUCCUGUUUUUGUUCAUUCGAUGAAAUUUCAAGAUCCACGCAGGAAACAUGUAUGUAAUGACUCGAGAUUCAAAGUGGAUGCAGUGAAUAAGGAGAACCCGAACCCGCGUGUGGGUGUUCUGAAUACCGAGAAAAGAGUACAGACAAGUGACCUUAAUUUGAAUGAAUCUAGGGUUUAUUCGAAUAUGGUUAACAGUAAAUGCACAAAUGCUUCAGAUGAGUUUAUCAGUUGUAUGGAUACCGGUUACACUUCUCAACCUAGGGUUGAUUUAUCCUUGAAGGAACAGGGACAUGUGGAUGAGAUCUCGGAGAAUACUAUAGUCGAUUCCAUAGCUGUAUCGGAGUUAUCCCCUGAUGAUGUUGUUACAAUGCUUGGUCAGAAAUGUUUUUGGAGAGCUCGAAAACAACUAGUUAAUCAGCAAAGGCUAUUCGCACUUCAAAUAUUUGAGUUGCAUCGAUUGGUAACGGUCCAGAAGUUGCUCGCUGGUUCACCUCAAAUCUUAUUACAAGGCGACAAAACAUCUUCCGAAAAACUUACACUAGACUUAGCCAUAAAACCUUCUACUACCCAAACACCAAAACCAAAAGAAGCCAAUGUCGAACCUCUCGAGCAGAUAGAACACUCGAUGGUUGGGAAAACCAACCCCUCUACAUCGCUGAACCACCCCCACCCCCCGAUUCAACCUCCCCCUAAUAACAACACACAAAUCCUUGGAACCGCUCCAGAAACAAUCCCCGGUAUGCACCCCUGGCCAUAUUAUCAAACUGCUGAACACUUUUUCGUCCCUGAGAUGUCUCCUUCUGAAGGAUUCAUAUUCAAAGCCUACCCUAUCACCGAUUUUAUGGGUCCUGUCCCUCAUAAUAAUAAUAAUAUCCCUCCUCACCCAAUCGGAUAUUUUCCACAGUUUGGAAUUUCUACCAUGAAUCAAACCCUAAUCGGACAAACACAACCAACAAAUCCUUUCUAUCCACCGAAUGGGGCCCACAUAUCGAUGACUUCAAGGGGAAGCGAGUUGCUACAACAAGUGAGUACAGCUAGUAGUCCAAGCGUGCAAGCGAGCGAUGGAAGAAACGGAAACACUCUUCCUCUCUUCCCAACAGUAUCAACUACAACUAAGGUUAUCAAAGUGGUGCCUCAUAACGCAACAACCGCGUCGGAAUCUGUUGCCAGGAUCUUUCAGUCGAUUCAGGAAGGUAGGAAGUGAAGUUCGAUCCUUAAUGGUCCUUAAUAGUCAGGAAGGUAGGAAGUGAAGUGAAGCUCGAUCCUUAAUGGUCCUUAAUAGUCAGGAAGGUAGGAAGUGAAACUCAAUCCUUAAUAGUCAGGAAGGUAGGAAGUGAAACUCGAUCCUUAAUGGUUCCUUAAUGGUUCCUUAAUAGUAUGUUCGCGAAACUUAUGAUGGUGUCUCUCCGGUUCUAUUUUGUUGUUGUUACUUUUCAAUGUUUUCCUUUCGUGCGACUUCGGUUACACUUGUGUUGUGUAUGUAUAUAUAUGUGUUGCAAUUACUGCUUUUGGUGGUGACAAAUCUGAGUAGAGAAACUACAUGAGAAGAAGAGGGAGUUUAUUGUAAUAGAUAAAGAAGUUAGUUAAUUAGUUUAUCUUGUAUUUU